AUGCAGACCAAACACUUCGUCAAUGAUGCCAACAAGCUGGUUGCAGCGGCCCUGCGAUCUCUGGCCAUCACUCGGCCAGAACUGACGCUCGAUGCCGAGAACAAAGUCCUCUACGCUCCAGAGAUCCGCGACGGUGCUUCUCAUGUUUCGAUCAUAUCCGGCGGUGGCUCUGGCCACGAGCCAUCGUUCACAGGCUUUGUAGGCGAAGGCUUUCUGUCGGCGAGUGUGGCAGGAACCGUGUUCGCGUCUCCGUCGUCGCGGCAGGUUUUGGCAGCCAUCGAGAAUGUCGAUGGAUCCAAAGGCGUCUUGGUCACCGUCAUGAACUAUACCGGCGACGUUUUGAACUUUGGCGUGGCGCUUGAGAAGGCGAAGGCGCGAAAUCCCGCACUGCAAAUUGAAAUGCUGGUCGUAGGUGAUGAUGUCGGUGUUCCGAGAAGUCGAGCUGGGAAGGUCGGAAGAAGAGGUAUCGCUGGCACGGUUCUGGUGCACAAAGUAACUGGAGCCCUGGCUGCUGCAGGGUACGAGCUCCCAGAUGUCGUCCGUGUCGGCCGCCUCGUUGCGCAAAACCUGGCCAGCAUCGGCGUCAGUCUCAGCCACGUCCAUGUCCCAGGGCGACCUCGAGGUGAUGCUUCAGCCGAAGGCUUACUAGCUCCCGAUGAAGUUGAGAUCGGAAUGGGCAUCCACAACGAGGCUGGCUGUGGGAGGAGCAGUGGCGGCGACGCCGAGCUCCCGUCUGUGGUGUCGGAAAUGCUCCGCCAGCUUCUCGACCCCAGUGACGCGGAACGCAACUUUCUCCCAACAAGGACAGCGGAGGCUGUGGUGUUGAUCAACAACCUGGGAGCGCUGAGCGUAUUGGAGCUUGGUGCCGUGGUGACCGAGGUAGUGGACCAGCUCCAAGGGCAGUACCACAUCACGCCUGUUAGAGUUUUUGCUGGGACGUUCAUGACCAGCUUGGACGGACCAGGUUUCUCGGUCACAUUGCUCAACAUGGUGGAUACGGGAGUCAAAAUGAGCCUGCUCGAGUUGCUCGAUGCACCAAGCAACGUCACCGGCUGGCAGGUGCCGGAAAGACGAGACAUUUCGUCGGGCAAGCGUGGAGAUAAAACUGGCACCACUUCCAAGACAGACUCACCAAAAUCGGAGCAGGAAUGCCUCCUCGAAUGCGACUUGGAAAUGGCACAACGUCGACUCGAGCACGGUUUGAAGACCAUCAUCGCCGCCGAACCAGAAGUCACAAAGUACGACAGUAUCGUGGGUGAUGGAGACUGUGGCACAACGCUCAAGCGCGGGGCGGAAGCCGUGUUGAACAGUCUGUCAACCUACCCGCCGAAGAACAUCAUCGCUCUGCUCGACCAGGUCGCCGCCGCAGUCGAAGAUUCAAUGGAUGGCACCUCUGGCGCGCUGUAUGCCAUCUUCUUGAACAGCUUGACGCACUACUUCAAGCUGUAUGCCAACCAGAAGGCGACUGUCGACACCAAGUUCUGGACCGAAGCGCUGGCAUCGACUCUCUCUGCGUUGGCCAAGUACACGCCGGCCCAGGUCGGCGAUAGGACCUUGGUGGAUGCACUGCUGCCUUUCGCCCAUGCGUUACAAUCGACAGGCAAUCUGCAACAAGCCUCGCAGGCGGCCAAAGAUGGCGCUGCAAAGACAGCGUCCAUGCGUCCCGGGCUGGGAAGAACCGUCUACAUUGGCAAUGACGAAUCCUGGUUCGGCAAGAUUCCAGAUCCGGGAGCCUGGGGUUUGAGCAAGUUUUUUGACGGCCUGGCUCAGCAGUAG